GAGGGUUAUGGAAGACCUUUUUUUUUUUUUUUUCCACAACCCCAUAAAGAUUUAACGCUGAACAGUCCCGCCCAAUAAUAAUGGUCGUUAGUGAAUGAUUAGAUCCAGCUGUGACAAUGUAAUGGGCUGGAGAGGAAGGAGUUAAAAUAUUGCUUCUUUUGGUUAAAGAUUAAUUAGCAAGAUUAUAGCACUCAGCAUGGGGCUCAUUAAUACUUAAAACUGACCUUAACAGUCGAAGCGCUGCAAAUUUAACCGCCUGUCAAUAUGAGUAACUUCGGGCAGAUAUUAAAGGAGGUUGGGGAGUUUGGCUUGUUUCAGAAAUGUUUGCUGGCUGCAUUAUGCCUCCCAAGCAUUUUUGGUGGUUUUGAUGUGAUUGGUCAGGUGUUUACCGGCAUGAGCUUCCCACAUCACUGCAACACUGACUGGAUCUUGAAGCCUGGGCCUAACCUGACUGAUGAGAGACAAAGAAAUCUCACCCUCCCUGUGAACAAGGAUGGAACGUUUGAAAGCUGUAAAAUGUUCACACCUGUGGAUUUGGAUUUGGAAACCAUUGAAGCACGUGGGAUUAACAGUACAACUGGAUGCAUAGAUGGAUGGGACUAUGAGACUCCUAAUGGUGCUUCCAGCAUUGUGACAGAGUUUGAUCUGGUUUGUGACAAGAGUAGUCUGAUUGCAGUAUCACAGUCCAUCUACAUGGCAGGUUAUAUGGUUGGAGCACUGGUGCAUGGAGCACUUGCAGACAGGUUUGGGCGACGCUUUGCAAUCCUACUUGCCCUCAGUGUCACACUGUCGUUUGGUGUGGGUGCUGCGUUCUCACCAAACAUCUAUGUUUACAUGGUCCUAAAAUUUUUCUGUGGGACUUCAGCAAGUGUCGUUAUAAUGAUCACAUCUGUGAUGGGAGUGGAGUGGACUCAUCCCUCUAAGGCUGCUCUUUGCACGACACUCAUCAUCAUAUUUUUUGCCAUCGGACUGAUGCUGUUGUCUGGUGUUGCAUAUUUGAUCCCAAACUGGAGGAUCCUGCUGCUGGUGCUCACCAGCCCUCUUGUCCUUGUUCUGGGAUUCUUUUACUGGUUUCUCCCAGAGUCAGCUCGCUGGCUCAUAACCCAAGGCAGGAAGGAAGAGGCACUAAAGGAGCUUCGUAGGGCAGCCAGGAUGAAUGGGAGGAUGGUCCCAGAAGAUCUGCUAGAAAAGUUGGAGAUGGAGUGUACAUCUGAAAAAAGAAACAUGUUCGAUGUCCUCCGAAUACCGUAUUUGAGAAAAAGAACCUUCAUAAUGGGCUUUAACUGGUUUUCAACAAGUCUGCUAUAUUACGGACUGAGCCUGAAUGCUGAAGGUUUUGGCCUGAAUCUCUAUCUCACACAGUUCAUCUUUGGUUUCAUCGAAAUUCCUGGAAUGCUGAGUUGUUUGUUUGUGAUGCAGCACUUUGGAAGGAAAAUAUGUCAAGCAGGCUUUCUGUUCUUUGGUGGUGCUGCUUGCCUCGUGAUCCUUGCUAUCCCAAACGACCUUCCAGUGGUGGUCACAGCCAUAGCUGUACUGGGAAAAUUUGCUGCGCCUGCCUCUUUCACCACAGCCUACAUUUACACUGCAGAGUUAUACCCAACCAUUUUAAGGCAGAAUGGUGUAGGUGUAAACUCCAUGUGUGCUCGUAUGGCGGGCAUCCUAGCGCCACUUAUCCGACUCCUGGAGGUCUACCAUCACGCCAUCCCCAUGCUCCUAUAUGGCAUCAUCCCCGUUGCUGCUGGGUGUUUCUGUUUUCUUCUGCCUGAAACCCUCAAUGUCGAACUUCAAGACCACACUGAGCCGAAAAAAGCAGUGAAUGGACCAACGUCGGACAGAUUCAGUCCUGAAGAAAUUACAGAAGAGGACAAACUGUAAUUUGAUCUAAAAUAUUGAGAAGUUCAGUUUCUCUUUUCUCUUUUUUAUCAUCAGGUUGCAAAGAUGUUGACUACAGUUUAUGUAGUUUUAAACACAGUUUUAGAUGUGAAAUAGAACUGAUGAGUCAUUUUUACCAUUUUUUUAGUUUUUCAUGCAUUUCAUACCUGAAAGUUUAUUAGAAAUUGUUUUAUUCACCCAAAUGCUUCUUUUCGUAGGUUGAAUGGAUUAAUUUUCUGUUCUCAACCGACUAGCAACAACAUCAAAACCACUGGCAGGUGAAGUGACUAACAUUUGGGUGGAGUGGUCUACUUGGUGUUUUGCCGGGGAGCUGCAUGUCAAAUUGGCAUCACCACGAAUUCCAGGCUCCAAAGUCUCCCAGUAGAACAUUGGAUUGUACCGAGAUGAUCAAUGUUGAUCACUUCACCUUUAAGGGGUUUUAAUAUUGUGGCUGAUGGGUGCAUGCUUACCUGUCAUAUCAUAGAGAGACAGAGCAGCAAACGUAAAAGCAAAGUUUGCAAAAGAUCCUUGAUAAGAACAGGGAUCGUCACCUGGCCGACUGUCAGAUCUGACAACAAAGUCCGAAAGAUCGUGUCUGACUAUACCUUUAUUGCCAUUUUGUUUGAAGCUCUAUGUGUACUGGUGUUUGUUGAGUACAUACUGUUGAACACAGGAUUUAAUUUAUUGUCUUAUAUGUCCAGUCUAUCUGCACUAUGAAGGUCAUUGCUUUGUGUUAAAAGUGCUACAUCAACAAAGUUAAAUUUGCCAGAGCUCA